CGGGUGGCGUGAGUCAGAGGCACGGGGACCCUGGGUUCUCCGCGUGGAGUAGCCUUCGCUCACAACAGGUCAGUGCUGUUGCUGGGGCCUCCCCCUCCGAAGCCCGCUCUCCAGGUGUGCUCCGCAGUGUCCCCAUUCCGCAGAAGGGAAAGUGCACAUGUCUGUAUUGCUGUGCUCCUACUAGAAGAUGGGAGGUGGAGACAAGAGACUCCAGAAGUUUGUGGAGGGUAGGCAAAAGCAGUGCUAAGCUGUAACCUGGUGUACACAGUGCUUCCACCUCAGAGUGCCAUGUGGCGCCCUUGGGAAUAACUGCAACCUCCUGGGAGGACCAGGUGUCCUUAGCAGCCCAGCAGGUCUGAGCCUGGCCCUGGGUCUCUGCUGGCAGGAGCCAUGGCCGAGAGCACAGAUGAGGCACUAUCUGUGGCUGAGUGGCUGAGGGCGCUGCACCUGGAGCAGUAUACAGUGCUCUUUGAGCAGCACGGGCUGGUGUGGGCCACUGAGUGCCAAGGCCUCAGUGAUGCCCGCCUAAUGGACAUGGGCAUGCUCCUCCCUGGCCACCGCCGCCGCAUCUUGGCUGGCCUGCACCGUGCCCACGCAUCCCCAGCUCCUGUGCCUCGACCUGCCCCACGGCCUGUGCCCAUGAAGCGACACAUCUUCCGUUCAUUGCCUGUGCCCGCCACUCCACCUGAGCCACAGCCAACAGCUAGAGAGGAAGAAGGGCCACCUGUUGCCCCACCCAUCCCACCACGACGGAGCUGCCUCCCGCCUACUUGCUUUGGCACCUCAUCUACGGCUGCCCCAGACCCUGUUCUGCCCCCACUGCCCGCCAAGCGACACUUGGUAGAACUGAGUGUCCCACAUGUCCCACCAGUCCCACCUCGUACAGGUCCUCCCUACCCACUGGUAAGUGGAAACAGCCUCUACUUUACAGAAGAGGAAACCCAGGCUCAGAGAAGCGAGAUGCUUGCCCCAGGACACACAGGAAUAAAGAUACUAAGCCUUCCCUUCAAGGAAGAGUUAUUACUGCCACCAUUGUCACCCCGUCCCCAGCCAGAUCCUGCAGAGAACCUGUGCACUCUCCUGCCUGCCCUGGCCCGGGGGCCUCUACAGCCCCUGUCUUCACCUCCCUAUCUCCCUGAAGUCCCUCCCAAGCCUCUCCGCCUCCUCCCUGAAUUUGACGACUCUGACUAUGAUGAUGUCCCAGAGGAGGGGCUGGGGGUCCCAGCCAACGUGAUGACCAAGGAGGAGCCCCCACCAAGCCGGGUCCCACGGGCUGUACGUGUGGCCAGUCUGCUCAGCGAGGGGGAGGAGCUGUCUGGGGACGACGCUGAGGAUGAGGAUGAUCAUGACCAUGCCUACGAGAGUGUCCCCAAUGGCGGGUGGCCCACCAGUGGUCUGAGCCCCUCCUUGUGCAGCCUCGUUCCCGAUCUCCUACCAUAUCCAAUGGAUGAGCUGUCUGGGGGCUCCACCCCCCUCACACCGGUCGUCAAGGCUGGCUGGCUGGACAAGAACCCACCACAGGGGUCUUAUAUCUAUCAGAAGCGAUGGGUGAGACUAGAUGCUGAUCACCUGAGAUACUUUGAUAGUAACAAGGAUGCCUACUCUAAGCGCUUUGUCCCUGUAGCCUGCAUCUCCCGAGUAGCUGCCAUUGGGGACCAGAAGUUUGAAGUGAUCACAAACAACCGGACUUUUGCCUUCCGGGCAGAGAGUGAUGUGGAGCGGAAUGAGUGGAUGCAGGCUCUACAGCAGGUAGUGGCUGAGCAGCGAGCUCGUGCCCGGCUCUCUAGUGCUUCUAUGUUGGGAGUUCAAGGCACUGAGCAGCCUGACCGGGCUGGUAGCCUAGAGCUUCGAGGCUUCAAGAAUAAGCUGUAUGUGACUGUGGUUGGGGACAAAGUACAACUCUAUAAGAAUCUGGAGGAGUUCCAUUUGGGCAUCGGUAUCACCUUCAUCGACAUGAGCGUGGGCAAUGUGAAGGAAGUGGACCGGCGCAGCUUUGACCUUACCACCCCCUACCGCAUCUUCAGCUUCUCGGCCGAUACAGAGCUAGAGAAGGAGCAGUGGCUGGAGGCCAUGCAGGGAGCCAUUGCUGAGGCCCUGUCUUCCUUGGAGGUGGCCGAGCGCAUCUGGGCUGCAGCCCCCAACAGGUUCUGUGCUGACUGUGGAGCUGCCCAGCCCGAUUGGGCCUCCAUCAACCUCUGUGUUGUCAUCUGCAAGCGCUGUGCAGGGGAGCACCGUGGCCUGGGUGCUGGAGUCUCCAAGGUGCGGAGCCUGAAGAUGGACAGGAAGGUGUGGACAGAAACAUUGAUCCAGCUCUUCUUACAGCUGGGCAAUGGUGCUGGGAACCACUUCUGGGCAGCCAAUGUGCCCCCCAGUGAGGCCCUGCAGCCCAACAGCAGCCCUGGUGCCCGGCGGCACCACUUGGAGGCCAAGUACAGGGAGGGCAAAUACCGUCGCUACCACCCGCUCUUUGGCAACCAGGAGGAGCUGGACAAGGCUCUGUGUGCUGCAGUCACCACCACUGACCUGGCUGAGACCCAGGCCCUCCUAGGCUGCGGGGCUGGGGUCAGCUGCUUCUCAGGGGACCCAGUUGUCCCAACGCCCCUGGCUCUCGCUGAGCAGGCUGGGCAGACGCUGCAGAUGGAGUUCCUUCGGAACAACCAGAGUACGGAGGUCCCUCGGCUGGACUCAGUGAAACCCCUGGAAAAGCACUACUCAGUUAUCCUGCCAACUGUGAGCCACAGCGGCUUCUUGUACAAGACUGCUUCUGCUGGCAAGCCUCUUCAGGACCGCCGUGCCCGGGAAGAGUUCAGCCGGCGCUGGUGUGUCCUUAGUGACGGGCUCCUGAGCUACUAUGAGAAUGAACGGGCAGUGACGCCCAAUGGGGAGAUUCGGGCCAGUGAGAUUGUGUGUCUGGCAGUGCUUCCUCUCGACACCCAUGGCUUUGAGCAUACCUUUGAAAUAUACACAGAGGGAGAACGCCUGUACCUGUUUGGACUGGAGAGUGCAGAGUUGGCUCAUGAGUGGGUCAAGUGCAUUGCCAAGGCAUUUGUGCCUCCCCUGGCUGAGAACCUGCUAACUCGGGAUUUUGAGCGCCUGGGACGUCUACCCUACAAAGCUGGCCUGAGCCUCCAGCAGGCCCAGGAAGGCUGGUUCACCUUGACUGGCUCUGAGCUCCAUGCUGUCUUCCCAGAGGGGCCCUGGGAAGAACCAGUGCACCUCCGGAGACUCCAAGAGCUUUCUAUCCAAGGAGAUGGCGAGAACCAGGUGCUGGUGCUGGUGGAACGGAGGAGGACACUGUACAUCCAGGGCGAGCGGCGGCUGGACUUCAUGGGUUGGCUGGGAGCCAUCCGGAAAGCAUCAGCCAGCUUGGGGGACACACUGUCAGAGCAGCAGCUUGGGGACUCAGACAUCCCAGUGAUCGUGUACCGCUGUGUGGACUACAUCACGCAAUGCGGCCUGACUUCAGAGGGGAUCUAUCGCAAAUGUGGACAGACCUCAAAGACCCAGCGGCUGUUAGAGAGCCUGCGGCAGGAUGCCCGCUCUGUGCACCUUAAAGAGGGCGAGCAGCAUGUGGAUGAUGUCUCCUCUGCACUCAAGCGCUUCCUGCGAGAUCUACCUGAUGGGCUCUUCACUCGUUCACAGCGCCUGGCCUGGCUGGAGGCUUCCGAGAUUGAGGAUGAGGAGGAAAAGAUCUCCAGGUACCGAGAGCUCCUGGUGCAUCUGCCCCCUGUCAACCGGGCCACUGUGAAGGCCCUUAUCAGCCACCUGUACUGUGUCCAGUGCUUCUCAGACACAAACCAGAUGAACACACACAACUUGGCAAUUGUGUUUGGUCCAACACUCUUCCAGACGGAUGGGCAGGACUACAAGGCUGGCCGGGUGGUAGAAGACCUCAUCAACCACUAUGUGGUGGUGUUCAGUGUGGAUGAGGAAGAGCUAAGGAAGCAACGGGAAGAAGUCACUGCCAUUGUGAAGAUGCGAGUGGCUGGCACUGCCAGUGGGACCCAGCAUGCUGGUGACUUCAUUUGCACAGUGUACUUGGAGGAGAAGAAGGUGGAGACUGAGCAGCAUGUCAAGAUCCCAGCGUCCAUGACAGCAGAGGAGCUUACCCUGGAGAUCCUGGACCGCCGCAAUGUGGGCAUCAGGGAGAAGGACUACUGGACUUGCUUUGAGGUCAACGAGAAGGAGGAAGCAGAACGCCCCCUGCACUUUGCGGAGAAAGUACUGCCUAUUGUGCAUGGACUGGGCACAGACAGCUACCUGGUGGUGAAGAAGUACCAGUCCAUGGAGGCCAUGCUGUUAUACCUGGCCAGCCGUGUGGGUGACACCAAGCAUGGCAUGAUGAAGUUCCGUGAGGACCGCAGCCUCCUGGGUUUGGGACUUCCCUCGGGUGGCUUCCACGAUCGCUACUUCAUUCUCAACGGUAGCUGCCUGCGACUCUACAAGGAGGUUCGAAACCAGAGGCCGUGGAGCGGGGCCCCUGAGACCAGUCACCGGCCUGAGAAGGAGUGGCCUGUGAAGAGCCUCAAAGUCUACCUGGGUAUAAAGAAGAAACUCCGGCCACCUACCUGCUGGGGCUUCACGGUGGUGCAUGAGACAGAGAAGCAUGAAAAACAGCAGUGGUACCUCUGCUGUGACACACAGAUGGAGCUCCGGGAAUGGCUCGCCACUUUUCUCUCUGUACAGCACGGUGGCCUGGUAUGGCCCUCAGAGCCCUCACGAGUGUCCCGGGCAGUGCCUGAGGUUCGGAUGGGCAGUGUGUCGCUGAUCCCCCUGCGUGGCAGUGAAAAUGAAAUGCGCAGGAGUGUGGCGGCCUUUACUGCAGACCCUCUUUCUCUCCUCCGUCAUGUCUGAGCAUUGGAGUCAGUCUAGAUCUGGGACACCGCAACUGCUACCAGGAAGCCUUCCUGUCCAGACACCCUCGUGCUCUGCGUGCCUGGUGUGGCUCAACAGGAUGCAUGAGGAAGACAUACCUAUAUUCCACAUCCUGACUGCAGCACAGGCUCCCUGGCCCCUCCCUGCUCUUCAGGCAUGCAACUCUGCUGGCCUGGCUUGCUUACCCAGGGUCACUCACCCUGAGUUUGCAGGAUUGGAGGGAUGGGCAGAAGCCAGGAGCCCUGUAGGAAAGGCUGGAGGCCUUGGGGCCCCGCUGGGAGGGAGCCCACGAGGGAGCCCACCCCCUUGCCAUAGACUCUAGAGCAACGAAAAGCUGGUGCUCUGAAGGAGCUUUUAGUGAGACUGGGAAGGAGCUCAUGGGAAGCUUCUGGGGCCUGAAAGCUGGACCUUAGAAUGUCAGUCAUCUUUUAGUCUGGGCUGGCUGAGAGGCCCAGACUGUCUGCUGCCCCUUUCCCACUUUGGGGACUUUUUUGAUAAUAUAAAUAUCUGUAUAUUUUACCCUAA